AUGAACAUUCAGGCACCACAGUCUAAAGAGGAGAAACAACUGGAGACAACACUUGACGGGUUGAUCGCUAAGGUCCAGGACCUGAAAAACCAGAUUACAUUUCUGGCGAAACUCGAGACAGAAUAUGAAACAUUAACCUGGCCAUCUGCACUGGACAACUAUGCACUUUUAUCAGGACAGCUUACAUCACUGAAGCAGUUUUUGCGUGGAGACAAAAUGCCAUCAUUGAAGAACUAUGUUCUGUUUCCCAUUCUUUUGUCGCAGGAUCCAGACCCACAUCUUGAGAAACUAACAGAAGGUCGUGUACUUUCUUGCAACCAUGACUUGGUUCCUGAUUACUUGCGCACAAAACCUGAACCAGAAGUAGAAGAAAAAAUUCAAGCUAUUGCUGCGAAGGCUGGCAACAUUUCGAUGGAAACUGCAACAAAGCAGCUUAACUCACUGAACAAGACAACAAGUAAUCUUCUAGAUAUAAUCAACUCAGCAAAAGAAGAGUGGGAGAAUGAUUCAAAUCAAAAAGGCAAUCAGCCACAGACCUCCUUAUCCCAGGAGACAACAAACCUAGUGGCCGCAAUCACCAAAGGUAUGCGUUUACGUCGUCCUGAACCACAGAUGCAGCAGCAGCAGCAACCACAGCAACAGGGACAGAUGCCAUCUUCCUUGCAGCAGUCUCAGAUGCCAAAGCCAGGUGGCAGUAUAGGAAAAGCACCAAGCACUAUCAAGACUAACAUCAAGGCUGCCAGCUCCUCUCAUCCCUACCAAAGGCCUUGACAGUAUUUUUACUUAAUUUGGCAAUGUUGUGGAUAUUUAGUCCAAAAGACUUUCUCUAUUGAUAUGAAUAUUGUCUUUAAAUUUGUGGUGUCUGAAGAAAGAAAAAUAAAAAAAAGUUGUUA